AUGGUAUUUAAUCCCUAUGAUUCGAGUGAAAUCCCGUUUGAAUGCAACACAUCCUAUGAUACGGGAAUCGAGUUGGCUAAAUAUGGCGCACAGGCACUCUAUAUUUUCCCAGGCGCCAUUUUCAAUUUCUACGUCUGCUGGAUUAUCCUAAUAAGGCACCGCAAGCAUUAUUUGUCGAACGCGUUCUACGUGAUUUAUGCGAUAAAUUGCUUUUUGUGCGGUUUCAUGCUGAUCACUACCGGCUUGUUUCAACGCCCAAUGCUGUACAUAAUUCCGCUGUGCGAUUUCAUGCGUCCCUAUUUGUAUGGUCCCAAUGUCUUUUCAUGGUUCUUCUACACAUUCGGUUGCUAUGGAAGGGCGGGCUUUUGCGUCAAUCAAAUAUUCCUAGUUGUCAACAGAUUUACUUGUUUAUAUGUUCCAUUCGGUCACGAGCGAAUUUGGAGAAAAGCGUUACCGAUAAUUGUCGCGUUGGCAAUUAUUCUCCCAUUCGGAGUUGUCUGGAAUCUAUUGAUAUCUCGAGUUUACUGGACGAGUGCAUUCGGAGGCGCAUCAAUGAACUAUAAACGUCGAUUUUCCUGGGCAUCCUUAUCGUUAUUUCAAACAAUUUAUGUAAUUACUUCACUCAUUAUAACAUUGAUUUGCACGGUGGCUACUAUAAUACAGAUGAUUCAUCUACCAAUGAGGCUGAAAAAUAGCGAAAGAUCCCUUUGUAUAACGACAAUUUUGACUUCAAUAGGAUUCUGUAGUGCUGCUGCAUUUCAGUUUUAUUAUGCUUUUAUACGCACUGAAAAAAGUAGCAUCAUUUUCGCGAUUCAAUUCUUUAGUUAUGACUAUCUAGCUGUCUCGAACCCGGUCAUACUUGUCAUAAAUUGCUCAUCACUUCGGAAUCAGAUCAACACGUCGAAAAUCGUCGAAAUCUCGCCAGUAUCACACGCAACAACCCACUAA